AUGCAACAAUUACCUACCUCAAAAAAGGAAGAUAUGCCUUCCUCUUCAUCUUCUAAAAAGAUUAUAUCUUACAAAGAAAUUACGGUCAAUGACCCACUCGAGAACAAGACUUUAGAUCAUAUGAAGACUCAAUUCUUCUACACUUUCCAAUCUCAAGCUUCAAAAGAUGAUAUGCAAUCUAUGAAGACCAGUUCAUCCAUGAGAUCAAUAGAUUCCAACACCUUUGAAGAUUUAGCUGAAGAAGCUCAAAAUGAUGACUCCACAGCUGAAGACUUCUGGGAUGCUAUGAUUCAAUCUAUGGUCCAAAAGACUAAAGAAAAAACCAAAGUUAAAACAAUGACAAUGGACUAA